UCAGUGAAGACAGAGGAAGCACAAUGGCCAGAACCAAGCAGACCGCCCGCAAAUCCACCGGAGGAAAAGCCCCCAGGAAGCAGCUGGCUACCAAGGCUGCCCGGAAGAGCGCCCCGGCCACCGGCGGCGUCAAGAAGCCUCACCGUUACCGGCCCGGUACCGUGGCUCUGAGAGAGAUCCGUCGCUACCAGAAAUCCACGGAGCUGCUCAUCCGCAAGCUGCCCUUCCAGCGCCUGGUCAGAGAGAUCGCUCAGGACUUCAAGACCGACCUGCGCUUCCAGAGCUCCGCUGUCAUGGCUCUGCAGGAGGCCAGCGAGGCUUACCUGGUCGGCCUCUUCGAGGACACCAACCUCUGCAGAAGAGCGAAGAUGUCUGGACGAGGCAAAGGAGGAAAAGGACUCGGUAAAGGAGGCGCCAAGCGGCACCGUAAAGUUCUCCGGGAUAACAUCCAGGGAAUCACCAAGCCCGCUAUCCGCCGUCUGGCUCGCCGCGGUGGAGUCAAGCGUAUCUCGGGUCUGAUCUACGAGGAGACCCGCGGUGUGUUGAAGGUCUUCCUGGAGAACGUCAUCCGUGAUGCUGUCACCUACACCGAGCACGCCAAGAGGAAGACGGUGACCGCCAUGGAUGUGGUGUACGCUCUCAAGAGGCAGGGCCGCACUCUGUACGGCUUCGGAGGUUAAAGUCAGCGUUCAUCAGCACAACAAAGGUCCUUUUAAGGACCACACACACCUCUGGUAGAGAGUAGCGUCCUGAUUGUUCUCAAUGAUUCAAUACUGAUCUGACAACAUUCAUGAAAGUAGCUUAUUCAUCUCAACCGGUUUAAUAAUUGCAUCUAAAAGAAGGGUGUAUGUUUGGUCUCAACAUUGUAGAGAUGGGAUUUAUAGCUCUUUGAGGGGAGCCGGAUCUUGGUGAGCCGUUCAAAAAACUGGCUCAUUUGGCUCUUUUUUUUAUAUUUAUUAAGUUUUAAGAAGCCAGUCUGGCCUUAACUCGUUUUAUCUUGGAAAUAAUCACUGGGAGGAAUUAAUUUAGAUAUCCCACCAAUAUGAGUUUGAAUUAUUCUAAAAUAUUGAUUGUAACCUUAUUUGACAUGUGUGGAUUAAAUUUUAAAGUCUGAUCUGGAUUAAUUGCAAAUAUUCCACAGGGUGACGCCAUAUCACUCUGCUUUGACGGUGACAUGACUAUUUUGAAUUACCCUUUGUACAAAUUCUGUGUAUGUGUGUAAACCAUGACUUGAACACGUAUAAACAUUAAAAAAAACAAAGCAGGCUACAAUAAAUUUCUGUGCAAAACAGCUUUUAGUGCAAAGAUUUCCACUCAAGAACAUUGUUAAUAAUACAGAACAUACAAACAAAUAAACUGUUCAAUA